CACUCGCGCGCACAUACGAACACACUCGCGCGCACCCGUAUAUCACUUCCCGGGCGCAUUCGGACUCAGGGAGGAGACGGGAAGAAAAUACAUAGCGCCAUGUCCGAGAAGGUGUUGCCUGUGAUUGACCUCCGGCUGGCUCGGGGGUCGACGCGCCCGGGUCUCGUGAAGCAGCUGAAGAAGGCGCUGACGGAGGUCGGGUUCAUCUACCUCGUCGGCGUCGAAGGCUACGACGAAGAGGAGCUGCUGCGCCUCACCAAGUGGUUCUUCAGUUUGCCUCUGGAGAUGAGGAUGAGGAUUUCCAAGAAGUCCUUUAAUCCGGAAUGUGAACACGAAUACAGGGGCUUCUUCCCUGUGAUUCCCGGCGAAGUGUCUCACAAGGAAGGAUUCGAAAUGGGCCCUAAAGUUGAAAACCGACCGAUUCCCGCCAAAACCGUCGCCGCCAGACUCUUCAAUGAGGAUAACCAAUGGCCGACUGAGGACCCUGCGGGAGAUGCCAAUAUGCCCAAACAUUUCAGGACAUGGAUGGAGGAAUACCACAGCAAUAUGACCGAAGCCUCCCUGGAACUCCUUCGUCUCAUCGCUGAGGGGUUCGAGGCGCCCACGGAGUUCUUCACGCCCAUGUUCACGGGGAACCACCUGUCCACGCUGCGCCUCAUCCACUACCCACCCCGCCCAAACCCGCCGGAGGAAGCGCGUGAUGGUGAAUAUGUGAUCCAGACGGCCGAACACAGGGACACGGUGAUGGUAACACUGCUGGCCACCUUCAAGGACUACCCCGGCCUCCAAGUGCGCUGGAUAGACGACACUCUGCUGGACGUCCCUCACCGCCCUGGCCAUCUGGUGGUCAACAUUGGCGCUCUCCUGGCCACCAUCAGCGGAGGGAAGCUGAAGGCCACGCGACAUCGCAUCAUCGACUGCUGCGGCGACCGGUUUUCGGUCCCCUUCUUCUUGGAGCCUCGGUACGACGCCAACAUCAACGUGGUCCUGCCCGGUGGGACGCCCGAAUUGUCCAGUGACGAGGACGAGUGCGUGGAGUACGGACCUUGGCUGUUCAAGCUGACGACCAGGUUUGCCGAGUACAGAGAUCUGAUCGAGAGAGCUUCUAAGGAGAGUAUCCCUGCCUAUUAAGGGAUUGAGAAAAGUGUUCUGUGUAUUAUGUGGAUUAUUUUUUAAGGUUUAUUCUUGGUGAUGUGAAGAAUUAUAGGUUAUUGGUAUAUUCUGAAGAUAGAUUUUAUUAACUUUAUUCUUGGUGAUGUGAAGAAUUAUAGGUUAUUGGUAUAUUCUGAAGAUAGAUUUUAGUAGUAAAGGUUUGAGGCAGUAGAGGGUUGUGGUAUCUCAUGGUGUUUUUUUUAUCUGUGUAUGUAAGCUCUACUUAUAGUGUCUGAUACAGUGAUGCAUAUUUUGUACUUUGUGCUAUGUAUUGUAUGUUAUUGGAUAAUAUAGUGUAAGGGAACGUGUACAUGGGUGGCCACACUGUCAAAGUAUCAUGGAACACUCCCCAAGAAAGUUAGAGGAAUUAUGAUACAAGAUAUAUAAAAAAAAUGCUUUAGAUUUACAUGAUUCUGGUAAUGUAAUAUCGGUAAUAUU